CCUACAAAUAUCUCAGCAUUAUCCUCUGAGACGCGGUGGGCGAAAAGAAAUGGAGGUUGGACUCGCCAUUUCCCGCCGUGCCACCGCCCCUCUCCACCUCGCCUUCUCCAUUCCAUCCUCCUCUUCCAAAUCCUCACACCCCGUCUUCUUACAAACGAGGCAGAGCAAUCCUUGCCUCAGUUCGCCGUCAACUCGUAGUCUAAAAACGCUCUACUCAUGUGUAGUGUCUCCGACUUCCACCCCUACCCUCAUGGUCGAAGAAGAAGCUGUAGAAGAGCCUUUGGUUUCCGAAAGUCAGAAGCCGAGAGCCGUUAGGUUGGACAAAUUUGGCCGGUUUUCUAGCCCUCGCGCCGCCCGGGAGUUGUCUCUAUUAAUUCUUUAUGCUUCCUGUUUAGAAGGGUCGGAUCCCGUUCGUCUAUUCGAGAAGAGAGUGAAUGCGAAAAGAGAUCCUCUCUAUGUGUUCAACAGAGCUUCCUUGCUUGAUUAUGACCAUAUGAGUUUUAGUGGGGAACCUGUUGUAGCUCAAACUGAAGCAGAAGAGCAGGAGUUAUUGAUGAAGAACCAAAAGGAGAGUUUAAAUGAAGAAGAAGUCCUUUCAGCGCCGCCGAAGUUGGUGUACAGCAAACACGUUUUAAGGUAUUCAAAAAGGCUUCUGGAAGCAGUUUUAGAAAGGUGGGAUCAUCAUGUGCAGGUUAUGGACAAAGUUACUCCAGCAAGUUGGAAGAAUCAACCUGGUGGAAGAAUACUGGAGCUCUGCAUAUUACACAUAGCAAUGGCAGAAAUAGCCAUGCUAGGAACACGCUAUCAAAUCGUUAUAAAUGAGUCUGUUGAUCUUGCAAAACGAUUCUGUGAUGGUUCUGCUCCUCGGUUCAUCAAUGGAUGCCUCGGGACUUUUGUCAAAGAGCACAUGGGAAAACAGCCCCCGAGUCAAAGUGCAAACUCCUGAUCUGUUGAUGACGUUGCUGGAGUAAUUCUCAAGUGUCACCUAUUUUGAUCUGGAUUAUGUUAGUUUUAGCUCUCUCUCUCUCUCUCUCUCUCUCUCUCUCUCUCUCGCUCGUUCCCCCAGCCCAAUAUCAUCAACUUGUACAGCAUCUUUGAUUCUUUGCGGCUAUCCAGGUUAACUUAGUGUAGAGCUGAGGAAUGUAAGAUUUUUUAUCCCAAGUUUCUUAUUGUGCCUUCUUAAACUAGUUUAUGUUUGGAAUCUCAGUGUUCCUUUGGUUGCUGCUUA